CCAAAAAGAAACACACCAUUUACAUUCUAAUUUCCUGAAUUAAUUGAAAUUUAAUAAGAGAACACUCACGUGUAUAGAGUAUUUAAUACCUUUAACAAAAGGAGCAAGAAUGAAAUCAGACUAGUCAAAGUGGAAUUUAUUAUAGAUAGAUUAAAAAAAAAAGAUGACAUUGAAAGAAGUAGGCCUACUUUUCAUGUUUUACUUUAGCUGUCCCAUAGUAGGCUGCGAUAUCGGAUGGUUUGAACCUCAGCGUCAGGAUAAAUGCAGCAGUAGAAACGACUCGAUGGAUUCGUUUGUCAAAGAGGCGAACAGUACUGAGAGCAGCAGACACGAUGUGAGCACUGUGAGGAGUUGCCCCCAUGACGUCAGGUACACUGGAGUCGAAGAGAGUCUAGAUUCGGGCGAGACGGUCAACACAGAAAACUUAAAUACGUACCCGGCGAACGAAAGCGUCGGGACACUGUUUUUCGAUAAGUGUACAAAUGACAUCACUCGUAAUUCAACAAUAGAGCCAGACCUGGGCUAUACAUUUGUGCUUGACAUCUUGGGAACCUGUUUUAAUGUCACAGUUAUCGAGGCCAAUAGAGAAAGGAUCGAUUAUGACAAGAUGAUUGCGAAACUGGAGAUCAAUGUGAACUUCCAGGAAACAAUCGAUAGCGAGCAGGAUGAGACUAAGAACGUUGUACACAGCGAUACGAUGACACUUAGCACAACGUCUAAUUUUGUCGCUCAAAUUAGCGAAAACAAUUCUCGGCUGAUCAACGUCACGUCUGUUUUACACAUUGGAAGGUGCACGGAGUUUGGUAUCCGACGGAAAGUUGGUGAGUGA